AGGAAGAUGCCCCGGCUCGGCCGUGGCCAGUGAUGGAGCGCUGCCCCCCCACCGGCUGCCCCCGCCGCCCCCGGGCCGUGCCACCUCUAGGGGAGCCGGUGCCGUCUCCGGAGGAGGAAGAGGAGGAAGGAGAAGGAGAAGAAGGAGAAGAAGAGGAGCAGCAGCAGCAGCAGCAGCAGCAGGAGCGGCGUGGGCAGGAGGAAGGGCAGGGGGUUGUGGCCGGCCGGGCGGGGGGCCCCGCUGGCCCCUGCGGCCUUGUGAAGCCCAGGAUCGCGUGGGAGGAGGACGAGGAAGGGCCGCUCGCCGGAGCCGCCGAGGAACCCAGGAGCUCCGGAGCCCGGACACAAUGCACCAGCCGCCCGAGGCCGCCGCCGCCACCGCAGACAUGAGCACUAGGAAGAUGGCGCACCCGGCUCUCUAUCCUAGAAGGGGCAGCGCUGCCUCCGCCUCCGCCUCCUCCUCCUCCUCCUCCUCCUCCUCCUCCUCCUCCUCCUCUUCUGCUCUAGCCGCCGCUGCGACGGCCGCAGCGGCUGCAGCGGGGCCCGGCGGCUGCGGCCCUCCGUCCGAGGACCACCCGGCCGCCGCCCCGGGACCCCCGCACCUCCUCAGCCUGCUCCCCCAGGCUCAGCAGCAGCAGCAGCAGUUGCAGCCGCCGCAGCAGCCGCCGCCUCCGCCGCAGCAGCCGGCCCCGGCCGGCGCGCAGAUGAAGAAGAAGAGCGGCUUCCAGAUCACCAGCGUGACCCCGGCCCAGAUCUCGGCCAGCGUCAGCUCCAACAACAGCAUCGCCGAGGACACGGAGAGCUACGACGACCUGGACGAGUCCCACACGGAGGACCUGUCCUCCUCCGAGAUCCUGGACGCCUCGCUGUCCCGGGCCACGGACCUGGGGGAGCCGGAGCGGAGCUCCUCCGAGGAGACGCUGAAUAACUUCCAGGAGGCCGAGACGCCGGGGGCCGUGUCCCCCAACCAGCCGCCCCUUCCGGCCCGACACCUGCCGCCCCACCCGCAGCCCAACGCGCUCAUCAACGGCGGCGGGCACCCUCACCACCUCCACGCCCUCCACCACGGCCACCCCCUCCACCACGGCCACCCCCUCCACCACGGCCACCACCACGCGGCCCACGCCGGACCGGGCCCGGCGUCCAGGAGGCCGUCCGCGCCCGGGACCGCGGACGCCGGGGCCCCCGCCGGCUCGUCCGCCGGACCCCCGGCCUCGGCGGCGACUAACGCCCGCCCCGCCGGCCCCCCCGGCGGAGUAGGCCUCAAUCCCGUCCCCGGGGCCGGCGCGGCCGACGCCGUCGACGGGGCUGGGAGCGUCCCCGCGGGGCCCGGCGCCCUCCGUGGGAAUUCCGGCGUCGUCCCCGGGGCCGCCGGCACCGGGCCCGGAGGAGGCGGCGGGAACGCCGUCGUCCCCACCGGGGUAGGCAACGGCACCAUCCCGGCCGGCGUCGUGAACAACGUGACUAAUCCGGCCUCGGGCCCGGCCGCGGGAUCCGUCUCAACUCAGCAGCAGCAGCAGCAGCCGCCGGCCGCCGGCACGUCGAGGUUUCGAGUGGUGAAGCUGGAUUCUAGUUUCGAACCGUUCAAAAAGGGGCGGUGGACUUGCACCGAGUUCUACGAGAAAGACAACCCCGCCGCCGCCGCGGCUCCGGAAGGAGGGGCCGUCAACAGAGCGGUGGAGACGCUCAAGCAGAACCCGCCGGACGCGAGCUCGGAGAGGGAGAGCACCAGCGGGGGGUCGGUGAGCAGCGGCGUCAGCACGCUCAGUCACUACACGGAGAGCGUGGGGAGCGGCGAGGUGGGGGCCCCCGCGGGCCCCCCCCCGCAGCAGGCCGACGUGGGGGGCGGCGGGCCUCAGGGCGUACCUCAGCCCGUACCUCAGGGCGUCUCGCAGGCGCCCGUCGCCUCGCUCCAAGAAGCCGGCUGCUACCCUCAGCCCAAGCCGGGCCUCCGGCCGCCCGCCCAGCCCGGGGUCGCCGGGGUCCCCCCGGCCGCUCAGCCGCCGGCCGUCUGCCUGGUAGGGGCGCCUCCGCCCCCCGUGUCCGGCCUGGCCUGCCCGCAGCCGGCCUACCCGCCGGCGGCCCCUCCCGUGCAGGCCGCGCCGGGGGCACCGCAGCAGCAGCCGUUGCCGUACGGACAGCAGCAGCAGCAGCAGCAGCAGCAGCAGCAGCAGCAGCAGCAGCAGCAGCAGGGCGUCCUUUCCCAGGUGGUGCUGGGCCACGUCCAGGCGGGCCCCCAGAACCCCGUCCCGGGGGCCCUGCCGGACUACGUGCAGCAGCAGCAGCAGAUUCUGCAAGCGUCCGUGGCCCCGAUGCCCGUCGCUCCCACCCAGGGUCUUCAGCCAUCCGUCCAGCCCGCGGGAGCGCCACCCCCACCCAUUGGGCACCCUCAGCCGGCGGUGCCCGCCGUAGCCGCCGGUGGUCAGGUGGCGAACGUUGGCGUGGCUGUGCCGCCGACCGGUGCCCAGGGCCCGCCCCCAGGGAUGCAGCCGAGCGGGCCUCCCUCCGCGCCGAUCGUCCCGCCCUCUCAGACCGGCCUUCUCCAACUGGGGGUCCCGACGGGCGCCCCCGGCCUCCCUCCGCAGAUGGUCCUGGGCCCCCAGAGCGCCCUGUUGGCCGUCCAGCCCCAGGCGCACGGUGUCGACUCGCUGGCGCAGGGAGUGACCGGUCAGCAGCUGGGUGCCGUCAGCCCCCUGCCCCCGGCCGCCGGGCUCCCUCCGGCCAGCCAAGUCGGUCCGGGUUUGCCUCCCGCCGGCCCGGGCCCGGGGCCCCCUCCGAACGUAGCGCAGACCCUGGCUCUACCGAACGGGAGUUUGGUUCCGGGGGUCGCCCAGCCUCCCUUGAUAGCAACGACUAUAAACGUGCCGGGGGCGCCCCAGGCCCCGCUCGGUUCGACCCAGUUCUCGGCCCAAGCCUUAACUCAGGCCGUCGGAAGCCAACCGGAGGAGGCCAGGCGGCCCGUGGAACCCGCGCCCGUCGGCUUGCCUCAGACCGCCGGCGGAGACGGCGGCGGAGGGUCAGCGGCCGUCCUGGAUGGGAGCGGCAGCGGCCUGGCGGCCUCCGCCUCCCUCUUCCCGUUGAAGGUCUUGCCGUUGACGACGCCCCUGGUCGACGGCGAGGAUGAGAGCUCCUCCGGUGCGAGCGUGGUAGCUAUUGACAACAAAAUCGAGCAAGCUAUGGAUCUGGUGAAAAGCCAUUUGAUGUACGCAGUUAGAGAGGAAGUGGAAGUCCUCAAAGAGCAGAUUAAAGAACUCAUAGAGAAAAACUCACAGCUGGAGCAGGAGAACAAUCUGCUGAAGACCCUGGCCAGCCCCGAGCAACUCGCCCAGUUCCAGGCCCAGCUGCAGAUGGGCUCCCCGCCCACCUCCGCUCAGCCCCAGGGAACGACGCAGCCCCCGGCCCAGCCGGCGUCACAGGCCUCCGGGCCCUCGGCGUAGCCCACCACCACCCCCCCACCCCCGGCCUGGAGCGCUCCGACCCCGACAGACAGAGGUGGGGGGGCGGGCGGCGAGACCCGCCCGCCCCCCAAGGUCCGUCCGUCCGUCCCCUCGCCCGCACCGCGAGGGGGACCGGGAGGCCGUCUCCACCUUUACCAAAUACGACUCUUCUUUCAGUAUUAAACCCUCGCCCGGUUUGGGCCCGAAGGAGGUCCCUAUAGAUCGGCGACUUAAAGGUCCCAGGAGCGCCCGCCCAGACUGGCACCGGCUGGCACCGGCCCCCAGCCCUGCAGAUGGACCCCCGACGCCCCUGCGGCCACGGAGGCGGCCAGAGACGUGGGGUUAUCGCGGCGGACGUCUCUUCCCCCCACCGAGGACUCGCCUGGGGGCACGCGAAAAGUGAGGACCGACGAACAGCAGCGGCCGCCGGGGACCGGGGUUCCGGAGGGACCGUCGUCCCCGAAACCUCGGGUACCGAGCUAGACUAGCCGCCCCGCUCUGCUCUCCUGACGGCCGGCCGGAGGGCCCACGCUGCUGCCGGAGCCAUCUGCUAGGUGACCAAGUCCAAUGUGAAGGUUAUUGCACCUAAUGUACAUUUGUGUAUGUAGUGUAAGUAUUUUGUAAAAUAGAAAAUUGUAACUACGACUUAGGUUGUACAGAUUGAAAUUUAGUCGUUUCGUUGGCCGAUCUGAUGAGUUUGUUUAGUCCUUUUUUCUUCCUCUUCUCUCUCUUCCCCCCUCCUCUCCCCACCCCCCCCCUUUUUUUAAAAAAAAAAACACACCAAACAACAACAAAAAAAAAACAAAGCUACAUGAAGAAUGCACCUAAGCAACUGUUCAGAAUCUGGCAGAUUGAGGCUCUCUGUGUAAUUUCUGAAAUUUCCUGGCUGCUGAAUAUCUUGAAGUAAAUCCCCCUGUUGACUGAAGUUCUUUGGUUAAAGACCCUUUUAACCAAGUCUAGCAAAUGACAAGAAUUUCCCAGUAUGAACUUUUGCCUAUUAUCUGUAUAGUAGUUAUAUGCAUACGUUUUUGUGCAUGUUCUCUAAACAGUUGUAACACGUCACUGUAUUUAACUGUUGCACUUGUCAACUUUCAAUAAAGCAUACACAAUGUUGAUAAACAACC